AUGUGCCCUACUGUGGACGAACCCUCCCUAGCUCUCAACAGUCAUCCCGUCACCGAUGAUUGCGGUGUUGAAGCCAAAGAACUGUCCAUCAUUUCCCGACAAGAAACAGAGGAGGAUAUUGAUAUCUUGAUAUCGGAAUUGGAGGCGGAAGAUGGGAAAGACCCAGACCCAGAAGUGCUUGCUAUCGGUCCCGGUCUAGACACGCCGAUCAACCCAUCCCAUCUUGAAACCGAUCUUAAAACUGGCUUGAGCGAAGUUGAGGUCAAAAUCAGACGACGGAAGUAUGGCUGGAACUGCUUGAAAGAGGAACGCAAAAGCAAUAUCCUCAAGUUUCUAUUACUUUUCUUCGGACCCGUCCAGUUUGUCAUGGAGGUUGCUGUUAUACUCGCUGCUGGUCUAUCGGACUGGAUUGAUUUCGCUGUCAUCUGUGGUCUCUUGCUGCUCAAUGCUGUUGUGAGUUUUGUUCAAGAAUAUCACGCAGGGAAUAUUGUCGACAGUUUGAAGAAGACACUUGCACUCAAAGCCACCGUUCUCCGCAAUGGCCAAAUGGCUGAGAUUCCCGUCAAGGAUGUUGUUCCUGGUGACGUUGUUUUCGUCGAAGAUGGAACAAUUAUUCCCGCUGAUGGUGUCCUUGUCUCGGAAAAUUCUUAUCUGCAAGUUGACCAGUCUGCUAUAACAGGAGAGUCUCUGGCUGUAGAAAAGCAUGCUGGGGAUCAGUGUUUUACAUCGUCCAUCAUCAAACGCGGAUCCGCAUACAUGAUUGCCACUUGUAUUGGCGACCGCACAUUAGUCGGACAAGCUGCAGAUCUGGUGAACAAGGCAGGGAAUUUCAAAGGGCACUUCACCGUCGUACUCGAAGGAAUAUCAACAAAACUUUUGUCUCUGGUGACCGUGUGCCUACUCAUAGUAUGGAUAGCCUCAUACUAUCGUUCGAAUGUCAUCAGAAUAAUCCUGGAGUUUACCCUGGCUAUAGCAGUGGUCGGAGUUCCAGUUGGUCUCCCUGCAGUUGUGACCACUACUAUGGCUGUAGGCGCAGCUCAAUUGGCCAAGAAAUUUUGCAUUGUUCGGAAGCUUUCUGCUAUAGAGUCACUGGCCGGUGCAGAGAUUCUUUGCUCUGACAAAACAGGCACACUUACCCGGAACAAAUUAGCCCUGGGUGAACCAUUUACUCUUCCUGGUGUUGACAGGGAGGAGCUGAUGCUCACUGCGUGUUUGGCUGCCAGUCGGAAAAGGAAAGGAAUGGAUCCCAUCGACCGUGUUUUUGUGAAGGCCUUGAAGUAUUAUCCCAGAGCGAAGGCUCAGAUUGGUCAAUAUGUGAUGUGUCGCUUCCAUCCCUUUGACCCAGUCUCAAAAAAAGUAACAGCUGUUGUGAAAAGCUCUGCUGGGCAUGAUGUUAUCUGCGUGAAAGGUGCCCCCGACGCGAUUUUGAAAACUGUUGAAGCCGAAAAUCAAGUUCCUCGGGAUAUCAGAAAUGCAUACGAAGAAAAGGUCACUGAGUUUGCGAACCGUGGGUUUCGAGCCCUUGGAGUUGCUCGUCAGAUUGGAUCCGGCGAAUGGAAAAUUCUCGGAAUCAUGCCCUGCUCUGAUCCACCACGCCAUGAUACUAAGGAGACCAUUGCAGAGGCACAGAAACUGGGACUUCGUAUCAAAAUGCUCACUGGCGAUUCUGUGGGGAUCGCACGAGAAACAGCCCGACAGCUGGGACUUGGCACAAACAUUUACAAUGCCGAACGCCUCGGGGUAACUGGGGCUGGUGAUAUGCCUGGCUCUGAGAUUAAUGAUUUCGUGGAGGCUGCCGAUGGAUUUGCUCAAGUAUAUCCUGAGCAUAAAUACAAAGUGGUGGAAAUCCUUCAAGGGCGUGGCUAUUUGGUUGCAAUGACUGGAGAUGGAGUGAAUGAUGCACCGUCACUGAAAAAGGCAGACACUGGAAUCGCAGUUGAAGGAGCCUCAGAUGCCGCUCGCUCUGCUUCUGACAUUGUCUUCCUUGCUCCUGGUCUUUCUGCCAUCAUCGACGCAAUCAAGUGUUCGCGGCAAAUAUUCCACAGAAUGUACUCCUAUGUGAUUUAUCGUAUUGCUCUUUCUCUUCACCUGAUGCUGUUCUUUGGCCUUUGGAUGGUCAUUUUAAAUGAAAUCCUUGACUUACGCCUUGUUGUUCUCUUGGCUAUAUUUGCCGACAUCGCGACUCUUGCCAUCGCUUACGACAAUGCUCCAUUUUCAGAGUCUCCAGUCAAAUGGAAUCAGCCUAAGCUUUGGGGAAUCGCUAUUAUAUUGGGAUUUGUUCUGGCUGGUGCUUCUUGGAUUGCACUGGGUACCAUGUUGCUGAGAGGUAGCCAUGGAGGUAUCGUACAGAACUUUGGCGCCCGUGAUCCCGUCAUCUUUCUCGAAAUAUCCCUGACUCAAAAUUGGUUGAUUUUUAUUACGCGUCUCAACAUUUGUGUUGUCGGGGAUGGUCGUCCCUGGCGGGAGGCUAUGCCUUCUCUUCAACUCGCACUAGCGGUGUUAGCUGUGGAUAUCACAGCUACUGUGAUGUGCUUGGUGGGCGCGUUUGUCCACCAAACAACAUCCUGGGUUGCCGUGAUUCGAGUUUGGGCCUUCUCUGUGGGUGUUGAGGUUAUAUGUGCAAUUAUUUAUAUAGGCCUACAAAAGUCUGGGAAGUUUGACGACCUUAUGCAUGGUCGAAGUCUGCGUCGCCACGGCCGCGAGAGGUCUUGGGAAGACUUUGGACUUUAUCUUCAAAGAGUAUCCUCUCAACACGAAAAGUCCGCCUAA